AUGGCAUCAUCUUUGAAUGUCAUCAUUUGUGGCCAUUGGUUUCUCCUUGUUAUUUCUCCCUAUGCAUAUGCAAACAUGAUCAAUCCUGUUUCACGAACCAAGAACCAAAACCACCCUAAGCACCUAAACCACCCCAACCCCAUAUGGAAGAAUGCUCAUGCCACUUUCUAUGGAGGAAGUGACGGCACGCAGGGAAUGGGGGGUGCGUGUGGUUACGAGGAUGUGAAACAGAAGGGAUAUGGCACGCAAAACACCGCAUUGAGCCAAGCCUUGUUCAACAACGGCCAAACAUGUGGGGCUUGUUUCGAAAUCAAAUGUGUCAACAACAACCGAUGGUGUAAGCCCGGGAGUCCACCUCUCGUCGUCACAGCCACCAACUUAUGCCCGCCAAACUUAAAUCUACCAAGCAAUAAUGGUGGGUGGUGUAACCCCCCAAAUGAGCAUUUUGACUUGUCUCAACCAUCGUUUCUACAAAUAGCCGAGUACAAGGCUGGCAUCACUCCCAUCCAGUACAGAAGGGUUCCAUGUGCUAAGAAAGGAGGAAUAAGGUUUACAAUAACCGGAAAUCCUUAUCACACAAUGGUAUUAGUAUGGAACGUUGGGGGUGCAGGAGAUGUUACUUGCAUGGAAGUGAAGGGACAUGAGUGCAAAAAGUGGAAUACAAUGAGUAGAAACUGGGGUCAAGUAUGGGUGACUAGUGUUGUUUUAGUUGGUCAGUCACUUAGUUUUCGGGUUCGUACAAGUGAUGGUCGAACCACAACCUCGUUGAACGUAGCCCCAAGAAAUUGGCAGUUUGGUCAGACUUUCGAGGGAACUAACUUCAAGUAG